AUGGCCGAAAGCUUAACGCGCUAUCUGCCGGGGCUGCGAAGUAGCAGCAGCAGCGUGCGGCAUCGUGCAGCGCAGAGCUUGCGUCUGUAUAUCGAAUCGGAAUCACGCGAUCUGUCCCAUGGGCUCUAUAUGAAGUGGGUCACCGAUAUCAGUGCACGGCUCAUGCUGCUUUGCAACUCCAAUGAAAAUGCAGAUCGCAUGGGUGGCAUUGCUGCCAUGGACGAGCUCGUGGAGUUGUUCAUUGCCGAGCGAAACGAUCAGACGAUCAUCGAGUUUGCGCACUCGCUCACCAAAGUGUUUGAGAAGAUCCCUAGUGCCGAUCCACCCAUGCUUCGUGUGGCUGCCAAAGCUCUUGGUCAUAUUGUUUCCACGGGCGGUACGAGUCUCAUCGAAUUUGUGGAAGACUACCAUGUUAAGCCAGCACUUGAGUGGCUGAAAAACGAGACAUUUCAUGUACGUCGCCACGCUGCCGUCAUGAUUCUCAAAGAGUUGUCGAUCAAUGCGCCAUCUACGUCAUUUAGAUACAUGGAAAAGUACUUUGACUUUAUAUGGAGUGCAUUUUGGGACUCGAAACUUGUGGUUAGAGUCAGCGCGAGUGAGUCAUUACAGUCGUGUUUUAUGCUUAUUCAGCAGCGCGAAUCUAAUCGUAAGGCGUCAUGGUACAAUCGUGCACUAGAUGAAGCCGAAAGCGCUUUUAAACGCAGCAGUUCGGAUUCUACACACGGAGCACUACUCAUUCUGAACGAGUUGCUACGCAAUACAGGAGAUUUUAUGCAUUCACAUUAUUCUCGUGCUUGUCGUCUGGUUUUCAGUCAUCAAGAUCACAAAAGCGCUACCGUUCGAUCUGCUGUUAUAAGUCUUUUUCCACGUCUGGCUAAAUUUAAUACAUCAGUGUUCGUGGAAAAGUGCUAUCGACCUUGUAUGAAUCAUCUGCUCGAAGUUCUUUUCUCAGCUACUACAACAACACGUCCAGACGCAUUAUUAUCGAUUGGAAAACUUUCUUUGGCAAUUGGUCCGCUACUGGCGAGAGAUGAACAGGCUUUGAUGGCCAUCAUGAAUGGAAUUAAAGGCGGAUUGCAAGUCCGAAAGAAAGAUUUUGACACUCAUCGGGAAGCACUUGCAUGUCUACGAAUGCUGGCGGAAACAGUGGGCCCUGCGCUUAUUCGAGUCGAUCUAGAGUCUAUGGUGGGACCGCUUUUUCAAAACGAUCUUGACUCAUCGCUUGUCGAGACUUUGACGACAAUUGUAAAGAAGAUUCCCGCAAUGAAGCCCAUCAUUCAACAAAAAUUGUUCGAGCGAUUAAGCUCUAUACUGCGCUCCCGACACAAUGAUUCGGUAGGAUCUGUUACGACUCCCACAAGUCGAAGACUCAAGACAACAUCCAUUUCAGUGACGGGUGGGAUGCUAUCGAACUUGUUUUACUCUGCCACUGGAGCAAAAGCAAAUGGAACAUCAGAAAACAAUGCCUCGUCAACAGAAGUUUCUUCGGCUAUUGCAAUGCAGGCGCUUGCAUUAGAGACGCUGGCAAACUUUGAUUUUCAAGGCAACCGACUUAUUCCAAUUAUGUCAUUUGUCCACGAAACAGUGGUAAAAUUUCUUGACCAUGAAGUUGCAACAAUCCGAAAAAGUGCAGCGCUCACUUGCUGCAAAUUGCUGCUGCCACCAGGUCAAGAUCGAGGUGGAGGCACAGCCAUGACGUCGGAAGAUUUCGCGCGCCCUAUCACAUCAGUGCUCGAACGAUUGCUAACGGUUGGUAUCGCUGAUACUGAAGCGAGUAUUCGACUGCGCGUGUUGGCUUCGCUAGAUUCACGUUUUGAUCCUCUUCUUGCGUUGAACGAUAAUUUGCGGUGUCUGUUUAUUGCACUGAACGAUGAGGUCUUCAGCAUUCGCCAAACGGCCAUGAGUACGCUUGGACGCCUGACACAUCACAAUCCGUCUACUGUGCUGCCAUCACUACGACAAACUUUGGUGCAACUGUUGGCUGAGCUGGAAUUUAGUGGAGACUCUCGGGGCAAGGAAGAGGGUGCUCUUUUGAUCGGGUGUUUACUGCGUUCAGCUUCCCAGCUUGCUCAACCCUAUGUGCUCCCCAUCCUACGUGUCUUGAUUAAAAAUUUGCGUGAAGACUCUAAGCGCCGUAGUCAAAGCCGAAGUACGAUAAGCGUCAGUAAAGCUAUUUUGGCAACUUUGGGUGACUUGGCGGAAGUUGGAGCCCAAGAGCUGACACCAUAUCUUGGCCAGUUGUUACCAGAUGUGAUUGAUGAAAUGCGUGAUUCUAGCAAUCCUCAGAUUUUGCAAGUUGCUAUCAAAACUCUCGGCCAACUCGUUUCAUCAACUGGAUAUGUGGUUUUGCCGUAUCACGAGUAUCCCGAAUUGCUAGACUUACUAUGCCAAGCCUUGCAGAAAUCUGGUGAUGCUUUUGAGUCCUUACGAGUUGAAGCGGGGCGUACGCUUGGCGUAUUGGGAGCGUUGGAUCCGUACAAUCUUCAUCUAUUUCAUUUACAAAAGCAAGGUAAACUUACAGAUGCCAAGAAGAAAGGUUUUCGAUCCAAUGCUUUUGCGAUCGGUACAGGUGGAAUAUUCGGUUUUAUGGCAGUACAACCUUCGGAAGCGUUAGCAGCUAGCGCAUUAAAACGUGAUCCAAAUGCGACGGCUGUUGGUAUUCGAAUUGGUAUCGAAAGUGGUAGACUUGGAGCUCUUGACGGUAGCUGUGACGAAGAUGCUGAACAGCUUGAACGAUCACUUUUGCUUACACCAGCGCGCAAAAUUGCGAAUAGCGAUAAACAGACGAGCGGAAAACUUACCAACAUUAUUCUGGAGGUCCCACCCGAUGAUUUGCUACCAUCAAUGAUUUCGGACUCUUCUCAAUACUUUCCAACGGUCGCGAUAAAUGCAUUGAUUCGCAUCUUGCUUGAGCCGCGGAAUUCCGUACACUAUCAGGGUACGUUUAUGGCGAUCAUGUACAUUUGUAAAAGCCAACGAAAGCGCAUGAGACAGCAUCUAGGCAAGAUUGUUCCAGCUUUUCUUUACGCAUUAGAAAAGGUUAAUCGCUCUUUACGCAAGUUUUUAUUUGAGCAGCUUUGCGAUCUGGUGCAAAUUGUCGAGGAACAAAUUCAACCACAUUUGGACCACGUGGCCUUGCUAUCUAUCGUGAACAGUUAUUGGGACGAUCAUCUUGAGGAAGUUCUUAAUUUGGUCAAGAAAUUAGCGAAUUCACUAGGUGAAAACUUUCGUGUUUAUCUUCCGGACCUCAUCCCACAGAUGCUGCGAGUAAUUCGAACAGAGCGUGACGAUCAUGCUCGACCUCGAACGCUGUUGGUGUUAAAGACAGCCGUUUCCCUAGGACGAUUACUUGAUGGGUAUCUACACUUGACGAUUCCAACUCUCGUGGCGCUUAUUCAAAGUGAUGCUGAUAUAAAUGCGAGAAAACAAGGCCUAGGUUCACUCGGCUCGCUUGUGAAGAAACUCAAUGUUAGUGUUUAUGCUUCAAAAAUUAUUCAUAUGCUUGCACGUGUUAUUUCAUCUCAGCCAGAUAUGGUAUAUCUUGCAAUGGAUUGCCUUUGCUGCAUGGUUUACACGAUGGGGGAUGAUUAUGCAAUUUUUGUUCCUGUGAUCAGUCAAGUUCUAGGCCGUCACACUUCGCGUUCCAAUGAUAUUUUCGAUCGAUAUGAUUUGCUGGUGUCAAAGAUUUUGAAGUACCAGCCCCUUCCCGUAGCUUCGUGGGCGACUGAUCCGUUGAAAUUGCGCGCUGACACGUCCAGGAACCGCAAAGACUCAAGUGCAUCUGCGCAAGAUGAGACAAAGAGCUUGCCAUGCGACCAAAAGAAUUUAGUCAAGGCGUGGGAGGCAUCGCAGCGUAGUACAAAGGAAGAUUGGAACGAAUGGAUUCUUGCAUUUUCCGUUGAAUUACUUCGCGAAUCUCCUUCGCCUGUCCUACGAGCGUGCAAGGAGCUGGCAUCGGUGUAUCAACCUUUAGCGCGAGAGCUAUUUAACGCUUCGUUCGUGAGUGUUUGGCCCCAUCUAUCGUCAUUGACACAAGACAACUUGAUUCGAUCACUCGAAUCAGCAUUUCAGUCACCAAAUUUGCCAUCUGAAAUUCUGCAAACUCUACUAAAUCUUGCAGAAUUCAUGGAGCACGACGACCAACCGCUUCCGAUUGAUAUUCGGCUACUUGGAUCUUUAGCUGAAAAGUGUCAUUCAUUUGCAAAAGCGCUCCACUAUAAGGAGCUUGAAUUUAACACGAAUCCGAGCACGGAUGGGAUCCAAGCUCUAAUUAGCAUCAAUUCGAAGUUAAAUCAGCCAGAAGCUGCGCGUGGUAUUCUUAAGUAUGCGCUAGAAAAACUGCCAGGUAUUGAAGUGAAAGCGUCGUGGCAUGAAAAGCUUAUGCGAUGGGACGAUGCACUUGCGACGCAUGAUCGUGUCCUCCAAGACAAUCCGAAUAAUGUCGAAGCCAUCUUUGGUAAAAUGCGUUGCCUUUGGGCGAUCGGCGAGUGGCAUAAACUGAACGACCACGUGAAGGAAACUUGGGCCAAAAUUUAUGGUGAUGGCCAGGACUUAAAUGGUGAACAAAUUGACGGUGAAAAGCUGCUUGAUGUACCUCCGGCUCUCAAGAGAGAGUUGUGCAGCAGUGGAGCACGUGUAGCCUUUUCACUUCAAAAUUGGGACUCCAUUUCAAAAUACAUAAAUUCAGAUAUGGAUGCUACUGAAUCGCAUCUCUUCAAAGCAGUUGUGUCGAUUCGGCGAAUGGAAUUGGAUGAGGCUAUGAGCUCGAUUACUAACUGUCGUAAGGAGAUGGAUCCGACGCUACGCUCUCUUGUCAGCGAAAGUUAUGCUCGAGCGUAUAUUCCGGUAGUUGUAAAUUUGCAGAUGCUUACGGAGCUGGAAGAAAUCGUGGCCUAUCUGAAAACUUUUGCUCAUAAUAACAAUGGGGAGCUUACGCUUUUGUCAAUUCCCACGUCAUCAACUCCUACCUUUACAUCGCUAUCACGCCGCAAGCAAAGUAUUAGCAGCUUAAACUUUGUGUCAUCUUCAUCCUUUACUUCAUACGGGCAUGAAAAGCAAGUGGCGUUGAAAAAGUUGCAGACGAUCUGGACACGGCGUAUGCUAGGAGUAGAACGUAACAUUCAAGUUUGGCAAAGUCUGAUGUUGGUGCGAUCGCUUGUGUUCGAUCCAAGGGAAGACGUGGAUAUCUGGUUAAAGUAUGCACGCUUGUGUCUCAAGUCGGGACAUUUGAAUCUUGCUGCUAGCGCACUCUGGCGUGUUGGAGCAAAACCAUUCAUCCGUAGUAUAGAGAGAGAUCCAUACGCACCAAUUCCAAUCAAUCUUGGAGGGAAUGCUGGAGCCAGUCAGGGUUUUGCCAAUGGCCUGCUCAGUCUAGCAGAUAGUGCCGCGCAAGACCCUCGUGUUGCUUUUAGCUACUUACGACAUUUGUGGGCAGAAAACCGAGAAGAUGUGGCUUUGAAGCAAAUGGAUUAUUUUAUUGAGGCGUUGGAACAACACGAAGAUUCAUCAAAUGAGGAAUUGCGGAAGUUAAGAGUUCAAGUAUACAUUCAGUUGGGCGAGUGGCAAAUGUCGAAUUCAGAGCCACAUCAGCAAGCUUAUGAUUACGUCCUCGAGUGUCUUGAGAAAGCAACAACGCUGGAUCCAACGAACAAUCGCGCAUGGCAUGAGUGGGCUUUGAUGAAUUUUCGGGCGCUUGAGGCUACAGUGAAGGAAUCUGAUCAAGGCGAUUCGAAACGUUAUGCGGUUCGAGCCAUUCAAGGCUUUUUUAGAUCAAUCUCCUUCGGCCAUACAAGUUAUGACGUGACGAAGGACGUUCUGCGACUGCUGACGCUUUGGUUUACGCAAGGCAAUCGAAGCGAUGUGCACAAUGCAAUGGUUGUAGGGUUCCAAGAGGCGUCUAUUGACACUUGGCUAGAUGUUAUCCCGCAGCUUAUUGCGCGUAUUGAUACGCCUAAUCCAAAAACGAGCGAGCUGCUACAUGAUCUUCUCUCUCGCAUUGGACAGGCUCACCCCCAAGCUUUGAUUUAUCCUAUUACUGUGGCUUCAAAGGCGCUGAACCCGACGCGGAAGCAAGCCGCCGAAGGUAUUCUUGCUGCUGUACGACGGCACAGCUCUCAGCUUGUUUAUGAGGCUGACAUGGUGUCACGUGAACUCAUUCGUGUCGCCAUUUUAUGGAAUGAACUCUGGCAUGGUGCUUUAGAGGAAGCGUCAAAACACUUCUUUAAUAAUCGUGACGUUACUGCCAUGAUAGCAGAGCUAGCCCCGCUUCACGAACAAAUGAACCGUAUCAAUACCGAGGAAACGCCUACACUUCGUGAAAUGGCUUUUUAUCAAGCCUUUGCUCGAGAUCUUGCAUAUGCAAAGGAAUGGACAAAUGUGUACGAACGUACAAAGUGUCUUGACGAUUUGAAUCAAGCCUGGGACAUAUAUUACAGCGUGUUCUCAAAAAUUCGCAAGCAACUUGCAAAUUUGUCUACUUUGGAACUUGCUAAUGUUGGACCAAAGUUAUUAUCUGUGUACAAUUUGACGCUCGCCGUGCCUGGAACGUACAAGGCUGGGGCUCCAAUUGUACGUAUUCAGUCUUUUGACACAAAGGUGACGGUGCUAACAUCGAAGCAGCGACCGAGAAAGGUGUCAAUUAACGGAAGUGAUGGAAAAGCGUAUCCUUUCUUACUAAAGGGUCACGAAGAUUUGCGUCAAGAUGAGCGCGUGAUGCAGCUUUUUGGAGUGAUCAAUACGCUACUGGCAAACGAUAGUGAUACGAGCAAGCGAAAUCUGGCAAUCCAGCGUUAUUCUGUGCUUCCGCUAUCACACACUAGUGGUCUAAUUGGUUGGGUGCCCAACUGUGAUACUUUGCACCAGCUUAUUCGUGACUACCGUGAGGCACGAAAAAUCCAGCUAAACGUCGAGCAUCGUCUGAUGGUACAAAUGGCGCCGGACUUCGAUAAGCUACCGCUAAUGCAAAAAGUUGAAGCCUUCAAGUAUGCACUUGGCGAAACGACUGGCCAAGAUCUAUAUCGUGUCUUGUGGCUGAAAAGUCAAGAUUCUGAGAUUUGGCUCGACCGCCGCCGAAAUUUUACACGGUCUCUCGCUGUUAUGUCGAUGGCUGGUUAUAUUCUCGGUCUAGGCGAUCGUCACCCGAGUAACCUAAUGCUGGACCGUGUUUCUGGUAAACUAGUUCAUAUCGAUUUUGGAGAUUGCUUUGAAGUAGCAAUGGAGCGAGACAAGUAUCCCGAGAAGAUUCCGUUUAGACUUACGCGCAUGCUUACGCAGGCAAUGGAGGUGAGUGGAAUUGAAGGCAACUUCCGAUAUACAUGCGAAGCUUCCAUGCGUGUGCUUCGAGAAAACCGUGACUCGCUCAUGGCUGUACUUGAGGCGUUUGUGUAUGAUCCUCUUAUCAAUUGGCGUUUGUUAAAAAAAGAUACUGUGCCGUCACAUGCGCAACCUGAUGAUGUUGCAGAAUCUGGACGUGCAGAACGUGACGAUGGCUCCGACGCAAAUGUCGGUGAAAAUUUUGUGCGUGCUGUGAACGGGGAUGGAAGCGAAAUUGAUGGUGAAGGUGAUAAUGACGCUGCUAAUGUAUGCGACCCUGAAGAAGACAAGCUAAUGGAAGGCAGCAUGAAAAGCUCCACGUCGUCAACUCCAGUGACCUCACGUAGACGGCGACACUCAUCGUCUGAGGCAGCAAUGCUGGGCUACAAUAUGGAUAUGCUGGAUCCGUCCAUGGCGCGUAAUUCCAUGUCUGAGGUGCCGCGUGAUAACUUUGGUUCUUCGGUCGUGGCAUCUGAGCAUCCGCAACUGAACGAAAAGGCUUUAAGCGUCAUUGAGCGUGUAAAGAAAAAGCUGGUUGGUCGGGAUUUUGACGAUGGCAGUCGAGUGCUUACCGUAGAUGCUCAAGUCGAUCGCUUGAUUCACCAAGCCACUUCGCACGAAAACCUAUGUCAGUUGUAUUAUGGUUGGUGUCCGUUCUGUAAAACAGGCAUUGUUUUCGUUAUACGGACGGUUGGUCGACAGACUGUGAUGGCUGUCGUUGCCAAAGGUCGAAAACGCAAGGCUGCUCCUAAGGGAAGCAAUGGGAACAAAAGCAAACGGGGAAAACCAGAAACUAAAGGAUGUAACCACAAGAAAAGUGAAGCCGAUAAAACGAAACAGCACUCGACUGCUCAAGCCGAGCGCAAUCAAGACGAAGACGUGGAAAUUGACGAAGACGAUGUGGCUUUUUACGAAAACAACUCGAACUUCACGUCUUUUCUAGCAAAUAUGGAUUCAAAAGCAUUUAGCAAGGCAUUGCACCCAAAAAGUGACUGGAAGCCAGAGUCGAAGGUUGUAAAGAAGAAGAAUGAGGAUGAGAAGGAGGAUAUGCCGCUGGAGAAGCUAGAAGCGCAUCCACGCAAGGCCGCAUGGGCUACAGAUAAGCAAGAGAUAUUUCGGGAUAAACUUCCAGUCAAAUUUAUGGAUGGUAGUGUGCGAAUUAAUAAAUUGCUUGCGGAGAAAGAGGAUAAACAAAAUGUUUUAGAGCCACAUGAAGAAGAAGUUCAAAAAGAGGAAAUCGGAGAUGUCGACUCGAAUGUUUCAGAUAUGGAAUUUGAAGAAAUUGUGGAUGCACCCGCAGAGAUACCCAGACCCGAGUUGUCGCCGGUGGAUUUGAAGCGUCAGCGUAAACUUCGACUCGUUACCAAGAAGGUGGAAAUUGCACAGCUAUGUGAGAGCAUUCUGGAGAGUCCGGAAGAAGCAUUUAAGAAAAGUAAAGAACAUCCACAACAGCUAAGUAAGAUUCAGCAGCUGCAAGAAUUAUGCCAAGACCCAGAUGCCACUGUGCGGCGUCUUAGUAUGAUGUCACAACUUUCAGUCUUUCUGGACAUUUUACCUGACUAUCGUAUCCAUCUUCAAAAUAGAGAGCAGAGCGCAGAGGAGAAAGGUAAACAGAACCAUGGACGUCCGAUGAAAAAGAAAGUGCAGCAAAUGCAGGACUACGAGGCAACACUGCUGAGCAAUUAUCAGAAGUUUCUUAGAUACUGUGCCGAAUUAGUGACGACAGGUUUGAAAGGCAAGCGUUUCGAGCAAAUGGCUAUUAUGACUGCGCGCGAACGUUGUGAUGUGGUGCUUGCUGAAACUGGUGCUCGGUGUUUGGCACAGCUAUUAGAAAAAAAAUAUGCUUUUAACUUUCAUUUGAAUCUCGUGAUCGCUCUGGUACCAAUGGCAGACUCGACAUUUCCAAGCAUUCGUGAGCAAGCUUGUCUCGCUUUCGAAAGCGUUUUUAAAAACGACAAAUCAUGUUCAUUUUCAUAUGAAAUUGUACAGCAAAUUUCCAGAUAUGUCAAGCAAAAGCAACACCGCAUCCAGCCUUACAUCAUUCGUACUCUGCUGGUGAUGCCACUUGAAAUUACAAUGGAGCAGGGUGAAGUAGCUCGCAAGAAAGCAAAGUCGGACCGCAAAAAGCGCCGCCGUCAACAAGCUGCAGGUGACAGCAUUGCCGUCGGUCUCAAAGAGGCAGAGGCUGUUGUGGAUCGAGCGGAGCGUGAAAAAACUCAGGCUGACAUCCUGCAUGAAAUGGUUCUCAUCUACUUUCGCAUUCUCAAGCAGGCGACAUACUCACACGCACUUUCGGCUGUACUGGAAGGUCUGGCGAAGUUUUCUUUCCUCAUCAAUCUCGACAUCAUGAUUGAUCUGUUAAAGGUACUUAAGAUUGUGCUGCGCGAAGAGACUUCGCUGCCACUUCCUGCAGCAUUGCAAGCUGUACUCACGGGACUGCGCACUUUGCAGGGACCUGGUGGACAGGAACUUAUGAUUGAUGAGAAGGAGUUUGUUGACAUUUUGUAUCGUCUGUUGCAUCGAUUUGCAGUUGGCGAAGCAAGCAUGGACUCAUCUUGUUUUCCAGUAUUGUUGCAGUGUGUUGAGGCUGUAUUCUUGCGCCGAAAGGAACUCGUUGUUGAACGUGUAGCAUCUUUUGUGAAGCGCUUGCUGCUCAUCGCACAGCAUCUCGCUCCGCAUCAGGCGCUAGCAAUCCUAUCUCUGUUGCGCGCGCUUUUUGGUCGCUACUCAAAGUUGCAGCAGCUUCUUGAAUCAGACGUCGAUCGUGUAGCUUCUGGCGAAUACCGUGCAGACAUUGACGACCCGGAUUUUGCCAACCCAUUCUCAAGUGCAUGCUGGGAGUUAGCGCUACUAACACAUCAUUUCCACCCUAAAGUGUCUUCUUACGCACUUGGCACUGCUAAACUGACACCAACUUUGCCAAAUGAACACGCUAGAGCGCUUAUGGACGCCUACGAUCCGUACGCUGGUUCGACCUUUGCUUUUAAUCCAAAAAUUCCUGUGCCACCAAAUAAUCCAUUGCACAAAAAACUCGCUAGUGCGAUCAACAAGAACGAUAGCAAGAAGAUACGACAUCGUCGAGCCCGCCAGUUUUUUGUGCGUGAUCCGCUUAUGAAUUUGGAUGAACAGUACCGGAAACAGAGCGCCUCAUUCUUUUACCAAAAGUGUAUGAAGCUUGAUGAGCAGCGCACAGACAACAAGUUGUUGAUUUUUAAGAAGUAG